AUGAUUGUGGAAUGGAAUCAAGUAGAAAUCAGCAAUAAACCUAACAAUGAUUCAAUCAAACUUUUUACUGUUGAAGUUAAGGAUAUUGUCACAACUGAAGGUAGUUAUUAUUUGGUUCAUAUGAAAUUAUGA